AAACAUUACACUCAGCCCGGAGAUAUUAUCUCAGUUCGGCAUGGCUAGGAAAGGUCAAAGUCGUGGAUACGAAACUAAGCACGAAGCAGAGCACCUGCAUGCCAGGUGAGUUUCCUCUGGAUCCAGUGCCAGGGACCAGAACUAAUCAGACCUUAACUCAAAGGCGGAUGUGAUUUAUGCUGAAUGGCCUGGAGAGUGAAGACACGUAGCCUGUAGCCUACCAUCAGUUAGUUAUGUGGUUCUUCUUGUUCUUCUUCUCCUCCUUUUCUUGUUGGAAUUUAUAAUGGAUUCGGUAACGUGUUUCUUCUCGGAAACAUCCAUCAACGCUCACUUGCUUCCAGCACAAACUCAGGUUUCUAGUUUUGUUUGUCCAGCCUAUAGCUCUAUUAGUUCAAAUGUGGGCGUUACUGCAGAAUGAUUUUCAAAGUGACAUGUUUGACUGCUUCCAUAAACGUCCUUCUGUAAUGUUGUUUACAUGGUCUUCAUGUCCGUCUGCAGUGACCAGUCAGCAGCGGUACACUGUUAGCUGGGAGCAAACAACAGCCCGUUUUGUUCUGCUGCGUGGGACCCUCUCUUCUGCAUGUGUGGUCUCUGAAAAGUAGGAGUUGGGAUAAGACGACGUUGGUGGAUAACAGGGGAAAUCCAUCUCCUCUUUUAGUCUUCUCGGCAACUUUACGCACGUGCCUGAAGCCACUCCAUUCAAAGCCUAAUCAAUAUCCCAUCUAAUAGUGUUUUCCACUUUUUGCACACGGCUCAACCCGCCCCCAACCCAGCAAGCGGGACAGUAAAGAUUGAAGUUUGAAAGCGAUGUUUGUCAGCCUCAGCCGUUUCGUUUUCCAGCUCUACAUGCACUCGGUGAUUAGUGGACACGUUCUGAACUGCUGCGUAUUGAUUCUGUUUUAUAGAUUAUAUUGUUUGUUGUGUGUGUGUGUGUGUGUGUGUGUGCGCGUGUGUUGCAGCUAAUUUCUUCCAAUAUAAUAUUGCAUCCUGAGGGAAACCCCGUCGGCCAUUGGGCAUCUUGACAUCACAUGGACUCGAGGUCACGUGGUCCACGAGGCUAUGUGCGGGAGGGGAGGAGAUGAGUGGGGUGGGGUGAUUUUCUUUCUCUUUUUUUUGGUGUAAAUCUCGACAGUAAUACCCCGCCAAUAAUUCACGGUACCUCGUAAAAAGUCGACAUUAAAGCGCCCCGGGCCUACAAAUCACUGGCGCCAAAUUAUGAGUUCGCUCGCCAACGCGCUGUUUUCCAAAUACCAACAAGCCGCUACGAGCUGCUCGGCUCUGCUCCUCACAGACUCUCCAACUUCUCCCUUUCCGCCUUCCUCUGCUGCUCCUGGCGUGUCUUCUUCGUGCGCCCUCGAAUCCAGCAAAUAUCACCUCCAUGUCUCCAGUGGGAGAGGCAGCGGAGGGCCCCCUUUCCCUCCCUCCUCCGCUUCUUCAUCAUCGUUCUGUAUGUCACUUUCGGGAUUGAACCGGAGCAGUGGGAGUACUCAGCCCGGUGCCCAUCCUUUCAAUCCCUCUGAAGUGCUCACAGGAGGGGCUUAUUGCGCGACGGGAGCCGGGCCCAUGUGCUCCUCUCUACAGGGGUGCGCCGCGGAGCAGCUCCCCGGUCGGCCUCAGUUCUGCUCUUUGGCCGCCAGGUUCCCUGAGCCGGACUGCAGCAGACAGAGUAACCCGGGGCAGCAGCAGCGGCACUUAAACGAGCAGGGGCUUCGGAUUUACCCCUGGAUGAGAAGCUCAGGUGCCGACAGAAGGCGGGGGCGACAGACGUACACGCGCCACCAGACCCUCGAGCUGGAGAAGGAGUUCCACUUCAACCGGUACCUCACGCGGCGGCGACGGAUCGAGAUCGCGCACACACUCUGCCUCACGGAGCGACAGAUCAAGAUCUGGUUCCAGAACCGUAGGAUGAAGUGGAAGAAGGAGAACAGGGUGGCCGGGAGCGGCCCCCCUACAGCAGCUUUACCGACUGCUGAAGAAGAAGACGAGGACAAGGGCUAACACAUGACAGAUUACACACAGUUGGUUUUCAGGUUUUAUUUCUUGAACUACAUUUUCAUUAGUGCUGUAGGGGUACCUGAAAUAAAAAGUGACCUUUGCCCUGCAGUCAGGUUAUUGCCUACAGCAAACAACUGCCAGUAGGAGCAAAAUGCAAUUUAAAUUAAAAUUUGUUUUUUUAUGAGCAAAACACAUGUAACUUACAUCAGUUUACAGUUAAAUUCAUGUAUUUCAGAUUACAAAAAGGCAGCCUAGUCUGCAAAUAAUACAAGGAGGUUAAACUACUAACUACUAACCACCAUGUAAACAUCAUAUUUUAGUCAUGAUCAGGAUGUUUUUAGCUCCUCUUGGUCUCUUAAACAUGUGGAGAAGUGACAGUAGGGAGACAAAUUCAGGGUCCUACUUUAAAGAAACAUCUUUAGCAAUAAAAAAUUAAAUCAUAUUCAUGCGGGGUUCUUCUUAAAGGACCAAUUUCUGGUCCACUCCACGGGAGGUGAUCUCCUGCAGAAAGGGACAAAAUAGUUAAGUCAGUGAAACCGCAGCAGUUAUGAUUUAUGUGGAUACAAAGCUUAUUGUUAUAAUUCCUACACAGAAAGGCUAGUGACACAAGUGAAAUAAAUUAGCUAUGUGUUAUGCUAUUAAAAUAUUAGACUUAAACUGCUGUUUACCAGGAUUUUAGAAAUACUGAGGUCAGGAGACCUGAUUCCCCCUGCAGAUCCCCACCCAUUUCAGAAUUUUCUUUUUGCCUGGCAACGAACCAAAUUCUGCCCAAUUUUCUGAAAAGGUGAGUUAAACAAAUCACAAAAUGUCACGUUUUUUUCCUUUAACUGAAAUCUCCCUUGUGGUCCAGAUUUUUAGAGCAUUUGUACAGGCAUGUAUUUCUAGUGGAGAACUUUGCGUUUUCUUUACUUUUCGUAAUCCACUAGAAAAAAAGUCAACAGAAUUGUUGUCGCUCAGGACCUUGUUGUCAUCAAUAUUAGCUACAACCUAACUGUCACCAGUUUGCACUUGUGUUUAAAGAAAGACUGGGGGGGGCUGCUGACUGUGUUGCUAUACCUGAUUAUAUUUCAGUUAUAAGGCUGCUAACACACAAGGUAUAUACAGUAAGUACAGAGUUAAACUCUGUUAAAUGAAAUAAUUAAUAUCAGCAUGAUUUAAGUAGCCCUAAACAACUGUGAGGAGACAUUUCAUGAAAUCAUACACUUAAGAACACAAAAUUAAAAGGGAUAUAAGAAAGUCAGAGUUUCAUUCUGCAUGCCUCUUUAAGCUAUUUCCUGUAUUAUAAGCUUUUAAAAUUAAUUAUAGGCUUUUUUUCUGUAUUUGCACCAGUGCUUUCAUAUUGUGUGAGCUAUACAUGUUCAGAUUAAAACGCACUUUUCUUUUCUUGUAUGUAAAUAAUAAAUAAAUAUAGUGGACUGCA